AUGGCUGACCGUGAUGCAUUCAUAAGAGAACAGCUUAAGCUCGCGGAAAAGCUUUGGGAGCAGCAGAAGGGUACAGAUAUGCAAGAGUCGCAGGUGCCCCAAGGAUCCUCAGAGGUGGGAGAUGUGGAAGAUUUGGAGGAGUCACAAGCGUUCUCUCAGGUGGCUUCAUCUCAACCUGCAGAAAAGAUUCGUCCCGCGAAAUAUACCCGAUUGGAUUUCCCAACCUCUAACAGUGAUGGCGAGACCGAAACCCCUACAAAAGCACCUCGGAGAUGGGCAGUCACACCUGUUGAACAGGAUUUGACAGGUAACGAGCCCGAAUUAGCACCAAAGAAGAAACAUGGGGGCUACAAAGAUCGUGCGGGAAUGGCACGUCGGAUGCGUGUGGACCCCACAGAUGCGACCGCUAUCAGGGAGCAUCGUGACUUUCUUAAGGUUUUGUGUUCCAGGCGUAACCAACCCCUUAACAAGCGCUUUGAUAAUUUUCAUUCAGGAAUUCUUUACAAACUCAUCAAAGUGGUAACACCUGAGAUGCAGGCGCAGUAUGGUGACUAUUGGAGGCAAUCAUUAACCAAAGAUUUGAUGCACGCAAUAUGCUUGGAUAAAGUACGGAAUGAAAAGGCCAGACAUCGCGCUCUGCAGAAAAAAAAUGCUCACCCCCCAACUUUGAGUACUACUACUAGCAGCGGUAGGAGGGGUCGUCGAGUAGUUGAGGAUCUGUCGGAUGAGGAUACACAGGGACCUGUGCAUAGGUCAAAGGCUCCCGGGACGAUUCCUAAGAGUGCCAAUCUAGCUGUUCCACACCUCGAUAAAAUGGAGUCCACAACGCGUCCCUCAAUACGCAAUCGGAAUAAUCUUAUUGUAGCACCGACACCACGAGGUGUAAAAGAUCGCGUGGCUCUUAGUGAACAGCCAAAACCGAUUACGGAUAGUUCGGCAGUUAUGCCAAUUAGUCCUAUACUAGGGGGCAUGUCAAGUCAAUAUGACAGAAUAGAUCGAACAGAUACACCCGAGAUACCAGAUAGUUAUCCCCAGGAAUCAUACGGACAUCAAUCGAAGCCUGAAGAUAAAGAGAUGGUAUCUCAGCAGUUUCCCAUCUAUAUUGCUGGGCAUCAGCCUAUCAAACUCCUGUUAACUACCGACUUUGAGGGUUUCAAGAAAGCCGUUUCCAAGGUUCUUCCUUGGGGUGAUGACACUAUUGCGUUAUACCGACCGGCUAUUGGACAAAGGAAAAGUCUUGUGUGGAGAGCUAUAUCUUUGGCAGAGGAAUACGGAAUGCUCCUUGACAUAUGCGGGAAAGGAGGUGUACUUGUUAAACUAGCGGAUGAUACAUGGUUUCAAUCUGAUACCGAGGACACGGACGAGUUACCAGUAAACCCACAGUUGUGGCGCGAUGAUAUGGAAAAGGGACAGAAAAAAAAGACAAAGUCAAUCCCCGGUACAUUACGCUUGGACAAACCCCCGGCCAUCAAGACACCUGUCAAUAAGCCUCGGAAGAAGACAGUAACAGCUGUGAGAAAUGAGUCUCACUCUCAGGUAUCAAAUUCUCUCCCGGACCUUGAGGACCUCAUUGGAGCCAGUACUCAACCCAUACCAGGAAGAUUUGCACGAAAACGCAAAACCAACACGCCGCAAGUUGUUUUAAACGCAUCAGAGGAGCCAAUAAAGCGCAGACCUGGGCGUCCCAGGAAGAAUCCACUCCCGAGCUCUGCAUCCGUAACUGAGCCAAUGUCCGCUACACAAUCUGAGGCGUCGAUAUCUCCCAACUCAGACAUAUCUACACAGAAGAUCACAAGAGCAGGGAGGGCUGUUAAACCCAGCGGGAAAGCAUCAGAAACUGCCGCUAUCCAAGCUGAGAAAGAACAGCUCUAA